GUCAGAGGAUCCACACAGUGCACACGGUGAUCGGUCAGUAGCACCACAGACACAGAGCUGAAACAUCAGGAAUACAUCAGAGGAGAUGGUGUCAGUCACAGCAGCUCUCAUCUUGGUUCUCUUCUUUCUCUCCACACACUCCGCCUCAGGCUCCUAUCCCCAAGCACAGAAUGUCACUUGGAAAUCAACCAACUUUAAAACCAUUUUGUCCUGGGAACCGAAACCAUCAGCCAAUUACUCCUACACUGUGGAGUUCUCUGCGGUUGGUGGGGACAAACAGAGGAACCCUCACUGUAUCCGGUCCUCAGCAACAGUGUGUGAUCUGUCCAGCUCUCUGACUGACGUGAAUGCCUGCUACAUGGCUGACGUCCUGUCGGAACCGUCGCUGGGGGCCACCACUGAUCUCAUUGAGUUCCCUUACACCAGCUCACCACGGUUCUGCCCCUACAAAGACACUGAUAUAGGCAAACCUAACUUCAAGCUGGAGGUGAAUGAAGACAAAAAGAAAACCACCCUGUAUGUGACUGACCCACUUACCGCCCUGUUUAAAGAUGGCCAACAGCUGAACAUAAGGGAUAUCUUUGCUGACCAGCUGGAGUAUAAAGUCACCUAUCGGAAAAAACAAAGCACUGGAAAGAGAGUCUACAACUCUAAGACCAAUAUAAUAGAACUGCCUGGUCUGGACAAAGACGAGAGCUACUGUUUCAAUGUCCAGGCUUACAUCCCCAGCCGCACUGUUGACAAGCGGCUGGGAGAGCUGAGCCAGCCCCAGUGCUCCCAAGACGACAACCCGCACAUCUUUGAAGUUUUCAUCCAAAGGCCUGGUUGAGUCCAGCAGAGUCAUUCAUAACUAUAUCAGGAUCCUCAAACACCAGACCAGACCCCAGGAAGCUUCCUAUUUCUACAUUCUCCUUCAGCCCCUCUGAUCAAAGUAACAUUUUAUAACUUGAUCAUGGACAUAUUUUUGUGUAAAAUCUAGAUUUGUACAGAAACUAGUACUAAAAAUACUUGUAAUAAGUCAAACAAUAUUUCCCAUGGACUGUAAGUUAUAUUACUGUACGUAUUCAAUUGCAGGAAAUACAUAUUUUAUCUUCCUGGAACAACAUGUCAACCUUGAGCUGGAUUUCAUCUUUAUGGUUAAUCAUAUUGACCAGUUAUAUUCAUGGGUUGAAACAAAGUAUAAUUUACCCCGCUUUUUGGAACCUUAUGAAAACCUUGUGACUCUGUGAGGUGGUCACAUGCCAGUCUUUCUGCCAGGAGGUUAUGCAAACUAGCGUUGAACCAUUAACAACAUCGAAUGAGUCUUUUUUUGCACCUACAAGUGAAUGCUUCCCCUUAUACAGAGAGGUGCAAUCUUGCAUACCAUCUACUCAAAUACGACUUGAUAAGUCGGACAUGAAACAAAGUAAAUAACUGUCAAAAAGACACAGUUUGACAAAUAACAUUACACUAAGACACACCUACUUGAUGAAUCUAUAUACACAUGAUAUUCUUUAUUACUGAGCCUGCACUUAGUACAUACCUGCAGAUUGUGGUCAUGGCCUGACAAGUACACAGUGACUCUGUAUUUCUUCAGCAGGGGCCUCAGUCUGUUGACCAGACAGGAUGUUGGUCCAUGAUGACCGAUGGACCAGACAGGAUAAUGACCAGCCACCACAACAUAGGCUGACCUGACACAAGUCAUACAUACUGGCACUUAAGUUUAGUUAAAAGGGACCAAUAAAACAAAAUGGAACUGUAUCACAUCUUAGAGAACAUCCACAGUUAUGUCUUAUUUGCUUCUGUUUCUACAUGUAAGUCGAGACUGGCACGAUGAUUUAGUGGUGCAAAAAUAUUGUUUUGCUUUCGAUGUUUGGAUUCUCAUCCAUUAUGCAGUAAGAUGCAUAAUACAUUUUAUACAAUAAUACAUGCACAUAGCAAUGAAUCUAAACAUAUAGCCAUAUAAAGAUUUAACAAGAACUAUCUUCAGAGAUAAGAGAAACAGGUAACUCUUCACAUCAUUAAGUUAAUUUUUGACAGCAUGAAGGGACAGAGGAAUGGUUUUUGAGCAAUGUUUCAGAUCAUCAAAUUGAUUUUAAUAUAAGAAAAAGACAAAGGUUAGUUAAUCAUUGGAUUUAUUGAAAGGAUAGAGUUAACCUAAAUCACCCAUUGAAAAGCAUCCAACCCAAAACCUAAAAACUGGUUGUUUGCAAUAACUUGUAAUUGCAUAACUUGUUUUCAAUUUUAGCUGUUGCUGGUGGUUAUCAUUGUAUUAUUAUUUUCACCCUGUUGUUAAAAAAUUACAAUGUGUGUGUGUGCAGAGGUGAUUAAGUGGAAGUACAGGUAUUGACUGAACUACUCUUACUUUUACUAAAACAGGAUUAAAGCAAAGAUUUGUGAGCAUGAAAACCCCUCCCUUACUUUCUCCCAAGUUGUUAAUCCUUGUCACGGACAUGUGCACUGCACUUCUUAUUUGUGCUUGAGUCUCCCUCUCUUGUCUGAAAUCUGUCUUUAUGCUUGAAAGACGGCGCUCCAUGAUGAAAAAUAAAUAUAAAU